GUGGAGGACCUCGUGGCUUCGUGUGGAAUGCCGAAGGUGCUCCUGGGCGUAUCAAAUGCAAAUAUGUAGUCGUCUGGGGUAUCUGGUGGAUCACUGCGCGUUGUGAUGCACGACCAGAGACUGGUGCUGUGUAGCCCAGAAAAAUCAUAAUCAGAGUCUUGCAUGGUCAGCAGAAAGUGCGCCCUUUUUGUUUUUGUCGAAGGGUAUAUUAGGGAUUCCUCCUGCAGCAGGUCCCUAGGCAUGGAAAAGUCGUCUACUCCGACGUGCAUCUUGAUGUCAUUCUCUGUAUACAUUCAAUUUCUUUUUCUUCCAGCUCUCCUUGAAGGUCCGAAAAUAAAUUAAUGCAUAGCAAGUAUCUGCAAGAAGAACGGCAUGCUUCCACCAGACGGCCGGCCAGGAGAUGACAUAUUUGCGGCGCAUACGGUGCGGAGAAGUACCGUCCGAGGGUGGUGCGCACGCAUCUCGUAUCAAAUGCGUCUGGAAAUUUGUGAUGCAAGGAAGGGAGUAGUGCGCUCACUGUAAUGCGCUGCCAAGCAUGACAAGUUUUUUGCAUGGUUCUGAGUUCCGUACUCUGCGUGAGAAACUGCGUCUUUGCAUGACAGGGAGCAGCAGCUCUUCGCGGCCACGCAAUACAGAGCUCAGAGUCAUGCCAGACUAGCGUGACAAAUCUCGGAAUCUCCCAGACCCAGACACUUUUGCAAUGCAUAUGUCGCGGACAUAUGGACCCGGCCGCAGGAAAUCACAGAAGAUAAUAUGCCGGAAGAUAUCGCAAGAAAAAAGUGUUACAGUAUACCCACUGUGUUGCAAGACCGGCAAGACAGACAACCUUUCUCAUGCAGGAAAUACUUGGGAGCCUCGUUUCCUUGGUGUUUUCCUUUAUGAUCUUCGCACUGCAAGCUUUCUCUGCCACAAAGAGAAAAUCUGUGACGCAGAAACUCCAACACAUGUGUAACUGUAGCACGAUUAUUUUCUCGUGAUAGAAGCAGAGUCAUGGGGAGCAGCUGCGUUUCUCCAAAUAUGCUGGGAGUUGUGCCAGGGUCCAAAUCGACAAAGUUGAAAUAGUAGUUUGUCAUCCAUAAAAAUGAAGCUGCACAAGGACCAUGAAGCCUCAAAAUAAUUAAAAUACCUGUAUUGGAAGGCACGUGGCAUCAAGUGAGGCCGACUACAAGCCUUUUUGGGCAUGGGCUUGGUGGAGAGUGAGCUGCUAAAUAGCACGGCAGAGGUGGAGGCUACUUUUAAUAUUGCCCAAACAGGACGACAUGAAACUCGAUUCCGGCACUCGGAAAAUUUGGCAUGCGCCAUUUGGGAUGAAGAACUCUCCUUCCAACUGGCGUUGGUUUUGUGCUGCGCGGUGACAAGUCAUUUCGUCCUCAACUUACUUUGUCGAUUUCGGAAUCGUCCUGACUCUUGCAUAGGGCACGGGGCGAAUCCAUGACACGGUGUACCAGUACGGGCUAGCAGAGCUGGAAGAAAUGCACGAAUAUCAACUGCAAAAAUGUCUGGGUCUGGAAGAUUGCCAGGUCUGUCAUGCAUAUUUUGCAUGGCCCAUGAUGUCUGUGAUGCAUGCCCGAGCAUCACAGAUCUUUAGAGGACUUUGUGAUGCCUCUAUCGCAUGAGAAAUACUUACAACCCUCGCCGCAUAGCACAAACUGGAGUCCUCUCGCUGGUCGUGCAAUACACAUUUUUUCAGAAUCCAGAGACAGCAUUACAAGUUUAGAAUCACUUCCAGACCCAGACACGUUUACAGUUGAUAACGAAAAAACUGAGGCAUUUUUACGCGAAAGGGAGCCGAAGUUUAAAGAAGAAGUUGAAGUGGCGAAAAUCAGGUGGACGGAGUUUAAAGACCAGCUCUCCAAUAUGGAAGCGUCAGGAUUGAAAUCGUCAAAGUUGAAAUAGUUUGCGAUGCAUAAAAUGCUAGACGCAAAGCGCCUGUCUUGCAGAGCAGGCAACUGAGGCCGAUUAUAAGCCUGGUUGGGGUGUGAGAUAGAGCUGCUAAAAUAGCAUGACAAAAGCAGUCUUUUUUGCUUAAACAGCAUGACAAAUUGGGUUUCCAUGCUGCCAAAAUUUGUCAUGCGCCACUUGCAAACUGGGCUCCAGCUGGUUGUAUCGCUUUUUUGCAUAUACAGAUUAUUUCAGCUUUGACGAUUUCAAUCCUGACGCUUCCAUAUCCAAGCGGUGGACGCGGAUGGCCGCACAGCACACGAAUCCCUGGUGGAAUGAAAAAUUACUAGAGAAACUUCUCAAGAUCGAGGUCGAAAAGGAAAUCGAACAUGAGGAUAAGGAUGAAGAUGAUCCUGAUCUACUUGAUGUUCCUCGAGAGCAAGAAAUAGAGAAAACCAAAACAGAAUCUUCAGCGCAGCGAGGGCCGCCGACCUCCGCCUCCCGGGGAAGAUCUUCAUCAUACCUGCAUUUUUUUAAGAAAGAAGUGAAGCAUGUAGUGCGUGUGGAUCGGUGGACUAGGACCACCUCCAAAGCAGGAGAUCAAAAAGAACGGGCGCCCGGUUAUUUAUUGCAUUCUCUCGGUGCUGAUCCAAGCGUAGUCGGGCCGUUCGUUCCGAAGAUCUUUGGCGCCUUGGGGUUUGCGAAUCCAAAACUACUGUACGACGAAAUAUUUCGGACGCAAAUAAACAGAAAUAAAAGGAAUUUGGCCGAGCUGCUGCAGCAAGCACUUAACGCUAUCCGGGCCCGCAACGCGCUCGGUGUGCGGCUCGUAUCAACAUGAAAAUUGCCCCACGAGGACUCCGGAAGAGGUGGACUGGACAGUUUGUAUUGCAUUUGCAAACAGAUAAUUUCCAGACGCAGCAUAAACUUUUUGACUUUCAAGAUUUUUUUUUUAUCAGCAUGAAGCAAGGGAGAAAGCGACGCAUCUUGAUGCGGCAUCUAGGCCAGUUGCGCCACUUCAUGGCGGCGUGCAGCAAAGACUUUCGCUAAUCUGGAUUUUUAAAUCAUUUGUCAUUACUUGUACAAGAACAUCAUGCAUAUCCAAGGUGCUACUUAUUUUUACAUGCUUGCAUUUUUUUUGCAAAAGCUCGCACUUCCACAAAAAAAAAUGCAAGCGCUUUCACAUCACGAUCACUCGGCGAUCAUCUUCGUGGGGGCACCUUUCCAUUUGAUAGCUCACGCGGACAAUUUUGGAACCAGCUGCGACCAUUGUGAAGGAGGAAAAGUUCAGCUUGAGCAUCAAAAAAGACAUGGUGAAGUUUUUGAGAUUUCUGCUGAGAGCAGUGGAUGACGAAAUUCAGAGUGCAAAGGAAAAGGCGGAGCUUCCAGGUAUCAAAUGCAAAAAUGUCUGGGUCUGGAAGACUGUAAGCUUGUCAUGCAGGUUUUCGAUGACCCCUGAGGUCUGGAAUGCGGGGGCUAGCAUAACAGACUCUGUGAGGUCUCUGUCAUGCCUCUCCUGCAUGGGAAACUCCCUCCCAACUUGGUCGAAAGGGGCUAGCUUUUGGCACUCAUGCAACACAGAUUUUUUCAUGAUUCAGAUUUAGCAUCACAAGUUGCAAUCUUCCAGACCCAGGCACUUUUGCAAUCCAUACCAGAGGCGGGGACACAACAAGAGCAACAGAAACGCGAAGCCGAGCUGCAAUUCUUACACUGGAUCAAAAAAGACCGGCUCCAGCUCUUCCUGGUAUGACCUGAAAAUUUUCACCAUUUUUCCCAACAUGAUCCUCCAAUUUGAUCGUGCCACGCAACAAUAAAACACGGAGUUGUACUACGAUUUAUUACGAGCGACAUCUUCGACAACGAAUGAAUAUAUUAUAUUCACGUCGUUGUACAACUUCUAGAAGCGUCUGCUCAGUUGAAGAUGAUCUUUUUAUUUUUUGUUAUGCGAAUUAUAUUCCAUGUAUGGGGCCUUUGGUAAUAAAUUUUCAGGGUCUAUACCUGAAUGCACAAAACAAGGAAGUGCCGGCAUUCGGCCCCUUGACCACGAAAGAACAGUUUGACCAGCUCGCGACGCAGCUUAUCUUUGGGGAAAACGUCUCCGCCCUAGAGUUGUGGUCAUGCAGAUUACGACGUAAUCUGCAUACAUGUUGACGGGAGGAUUCGGAAUGCGCAUGGUCCCGCCCAUGAGAGGCAUUUUUUCCGAUCUUCGUGUUUUGAAAUUUGUAACGCUGAUGUAAACAGGAUCAACAGCAGAUGGCUUUGCAAUGCGGUCGCACUUUAUUUUGCGAAUACAGUGCACGAGAAGACAGAGAGGAACUUGUUGUCACGCUCGACUCCCAGAUAAACUUCUUGAUAUAUAUCUGUAGCGAACUUCCCUUCUUGAUUAUGGGCACGACCAGGUGGGGACGUUUUUAGCCCGGAUAAAAAUGCGCCUGGAUUUUCUUUUUGGAACUGGGGACACGUACGAAACGCCUGCUAUGGAUUGCAAAAAUGUCUGGGGCUGGAAGGUUGGAACUUGUGACGCUAACUUUGGACUCUAAAAAAUUCUGUAUUGCAUGACCAGCAGGAGGAGUCCGGUUUGUGCUACGCGUGGAGGGCAUUUGUCAUGCGGAGUAGGCAUCAGGAAGGCCUCUAAAAAUCUGUGAUGCUACGGCUUCCAUGACAGACAUUCUGUGUCAUGCAAAAACAGCAUAACAAAUUUCGGAUUCUUCCAGACCCAGACAUUUUUACAUUUGAUACCUGCCGAAGAGACUCCAUUUCACAUACCAGCCUGGCAGAAGCCGUUUUCCCGGAUCAUUGGCGCAGAAGCAAAAGUAUGCAUUGCAAAAGUAUCGUAUUCGUAUAAAUGCAAUACAAGUUGUUUCUGCAGCAUGAGAAAUAAAAUUUGUAAAUGCAGAUUUGGCUUAAGAAAGGGAUUUGUAAUGCAUGAUUGCAAUACGAAUACGAUACUUUUGCACAGGAUAAUAAGCAACAGAAGCAUGAUGAUCACCACUAGUCAACAAAUUUUUGACCAGUAGUGCUCAUCGAUAUCUUCAAUCUAAAGAACCCACCCCUGAUUAUUUGGUGCUGUGCCACCGUGUAGUUGUACUCCAAGUACUUGGCCGCAACAAAAAUAAAACUAUAGGGCUUUCAAAAAUUAUGCUGAGAAGACAGAAGUGAGCUAGUAGUCUGACGAUCGGAACCCGAACGCCGGGAAAAUAUGGGAUAUUUACUAACCACGACGAUCGAGAAGACGAAGGCUUCUUUGGAACACCACAAACGCAAAAGAACACAUGGAUUUUUAUCUCGACGCUAC